AUGAGGAGCAUAGCAACUUGUUACAGUGAACAUGCCAUAAAAGUAUCAGAUUCAUAUUGUUCAGGGCCUUCAAACCGGGCUUAUGUGACCCCAAGAUUGGCCCCUUCAAUCCCAAAUGAGGUUGCAUGUAUAUACAGAGCCAAGCUCUCAACCCAGAAGCAUCUCCUCAUCACACUCACCUGGUACAACAAAUUUUCAGGCCAAGGCCUCAAAAUCAGCAUUGGGGACAAAGAAAAUACCUCUUCACCAAUAUCCAAAUUCAAUUCCAGUUCAUAUCAACUGCAAGGUCAAAAGGGUACCAGGACAUUCCAAUCCAGCAAUUCAAAGAUGGAAGUUUUCUGGGAUUUGUCCACUGCUAAUUAUGAUGGAGGACCAGAACCAAGCAAUGGGUUUUAUGUGAUGGUUUUAGCAGACUCAGAACUUAGCCUGCUUCUUGGGGACAAGGUUGAAGAAGUGCUUGAUUUGGAGAAAUACAAAACCAUCAUUUCUCAGCCAAAAUUCUCAUUGGUUUCUAGGAGUGAGCAUUUUUCUGGCAAUGCUGUGUAUUCAACCAAGGCUCAAUUCUGUGACAGAGGAGUUGCACAUGACAUCUUGAUCAAGUGUGACAGAGACGACGAAGGCGGCUCAAAAGGCCCGGUGUUAUCAGUCUGCAUUGACAAGAAGAAAAUAUUUCAAGUGAAGAGAUUGAAAUGGAAUUUCAGAGGGAACCAAGCAAUUUUUUUGGAUGGUUUGCUGGUGGAUAUGAUGUGGGAUAUUCAUGACUGGUUGUUCAAUCCAAAAUCUGGUUCUGCAGUUUUCAUGUUCAGGACAAGGAGUGGAUUGGAUAGCAGGCUGUGGCUGGAAGAGAAGAUUUUGGAACAGAAGGGACAAGAAAGAGCUGAGUUUUCUUUGUUGAUCUGUGCCUGUAAGAGCCCUGACUGA